AUGGAGGGGAAGUGUGGGGGGGGAGCAGUGUGGGAGGGGGGCAGUGUGGGAGGGGAGGCAGUGUGGGAGGAGCAGUGUGGGAGAGCAGUGUGGGAGGGGAGGCAGUGUGGGAGGAGCAGUGUGGGAGAGCAGUGUGGGAGGGGAGGCAGUGUGGGAGGGAGCAGUGUGGGAGGGAGAGCAGUGUGGGAGGGAGGUGGUGUAGGGGGCGGUGUAGAGGGGCGGUGGAGGGGAGUGUGGGGGGAGCAGUGUGGGAGGAGCAGUGUGGGAGGGAGAGCAGUGUGGGAGGGAAAGUGUGGGGGGAGCAGUGUGGGAGGAGCAGUAUGGGAGGGGAGCAGUGUGGGAGGAGCAGUGUGGGAGGAGCAGUGUGGGAGGAGCAGUAUGGGGGGGAAGCAGUGUGGGGAGGGAAGGCAGUGUGGGAGGGAAAGUUUGGGAGGAGCAGUGUGGGAGGAGCAGUGUGGGAGGAGCAGUAUUGGGGGGGAGCAGUGUGGGAGGAGCAGUAUGGGGGGAGCAUUGUGGGAGGAGCAGUAUGGGGGGGAGCAGUGUGGGAGGAGCAGUAUGGGGGAGCAGUGUGGGAGGAGCAGUAUGGGGGAGCAGUGUGGGAGGGGAGGCAGUGUGGGAGGGGAGCAGUGUCGGAGGAGAAGUGUGGGAGGAGCAGUGUGGGGGGAGCAGUGUGGGAGGAGCAGUAUGGGGGGAAGCAGUGUGGGAGGGAAGGCAGUGUGGGAGGGAAGGCAGUGUGGGAGGAGCAGUGUGGGAGGAGCAGUGUGGGAGGAGCAGUAUGGGGGGAGCAGUGUGGGAGGGGAUGCAGUGUGGGGGAGCAGCGUGGGAGGAGCAGUGUGGGAGAGCAGUGUGGGAGGGGAUGCAGUGUGGGGGAGCAGUGUGGAAGGAGCAGUGUGGGAGAGCAGUGUGGGAGGGGAAGCAGUGUGGGAGGGGGUGGUGUAG